AUGGCAAUUAGAAUAAUUGGAAAUCAGAAACAAUUAUUCAGAUUUAUUGCUUCCCAAGGAGCUAUGGAUAUAAUAGAUACUGUGAAUGGAAAGGUCAUUAAAGAGUUGAAGCUUGAAAAAAUCAAAACAGUGACGGAUAUUGUUUUCAUCAAUCCAAAAAGAAUGCUUGUUGCUGAACUUUUUCAUAAUACAUGUUUUAUUUAUGAUGAAAUGAACGAAAAUGAAUGGAAAUUGAUACAUACAAUUGAAGACGCAGAGAAUAUUCAUUUUAGUCAACCAUUAGGAUUGGCGAUUGACAGAAAAGGAGGGAAAAUAUUUCUUUCAGAUUAUGACAAUAAGAGAAUUGUUGUAUUUUGA